AUGUCUGCGAAUGUGAAGUUGGAUAGUCGAUUGAACGAUCUUUUGCAUUAUAAAUUACGAGUGAUUACGCAGGAUGGGAGAGUUUACGUGGGUGAAUUAAUGGCUUUUGAUAAACAUAUGAAUCUAAUAUUGAGUGAUUGUAUUGAAGAACGAGUGCCCCGAACACAAGUGUUGAAACUUAGAAGCACCAAGACGGUAGAGGCCGUCAAAGUGGAGAAGAGGGUGUUAGGGCUGGUUAUCUUGCGAGGAGAACAUGUACUUUCGACCGUGGUUGAAGAUCAGCCGCUACUAACCAAGAAGGAAAGGUUGGUACAAUUGAACAAGCAAGAGAAGCAGUUGAGGAAGAAUAAGAAGCGGAACAAGGGUAAAGUGGGCAAACCGAGCACGACGAAGGUCAGUAGUGGUAGUGCUAAUGGAGAAGCACACCUUCCACCGCAGACGAGAAGGUUCCAACCACCCCCAGGCUUCAAGAGAGGAGCGAAUACGAAUACGCAUACGAGAUAG